UAAUUCUAUAGUUUGACUCUACAAAUUCAAAGUUGUAAACGCCUCGAACAAUUGAGAAACAAGACGUCCUGUCUGGGUACGUUUAUCAGUUGUAGAAGUGUGUUGAACAUAGUAAUUACACAAAAUUUCGUCAUACAAUCGACUCUUCAAUUUGUUUUGGCCUGGAUGAUAAAAAAAAUCAUAAAACAACAUUUUUGUACGUGUAAAGUCUUACAAUGUUCUAUGUUGAUUUGAAAAUAUCAGAAGAAAAUUCAACCCCAACCAGUUCAUCGGCGGUUAAUACAAGUUGUGGAGACAUAAUUACACCUUCCGAUCGUCCGCCCAUCAAAAAACGGUCAGAAAAAACAUUUAACUUGCCAAAGAAAAGACUACCAGAAUAUAUGUGCAAUAACAAAAUCCCAUCAAAUUCAUUGAUCAAUUCUCAUCAUGAUGUUAAGGGAGGAACAUAUGAGUUACCAACGCCCAUGAAAUCGACACAAGACCCACAAAGAGUAGUAGAUCCAAUGGUCCAGGAAUACGAUCCGAAAAAAGAUAAAUCUCACGAAAAUAUCAAAGACAGCUGUGCAGAAACUUUGUUAAAGAAACGUAUGUACGUUCUGCGUGAACUGGUUGCCACGGAAGAAUCAUACGUUCAAGAUUUGUCACUAAUCGUCGAUGGGUACAUGCGAGAGAUGAAGGAUCCGGAAAGUGAAAUUCCUUUGCCGGUCGAUUUAAAAGGGGGCAAAGAGCGAAUAAUUUUUGGGAACCUCGCAGCAAUUUAUGAAUGGCAUAAAUACACUUUCCUGGAACUACUUAAAAGAUGCAUACAGUGUCCCACUGAUUUGGGACCAGUAAUACAGAAAUGCAAACCCAAGUUCCGUAUGUAUGUGAUUUACUGUCAAAAUAAACCCGUCUCCGAACAUAUUGUGGCCGAACAUUUCAGAUAUUUUGAUGCAGUUAGACUUAAGUUAAAGCUUAAGUUAGUUAUAAAUGCCCUACUUAUCAAACCUGUACAGAGAAUAAUGCAAUAUGAGCUGCUGCUAAGAUCCUAUCUGAAAUAUACAGAACGAGCUGGUCUGGUCGAUGAAAUUCCUGUUAUUCAAGAAGCCAUAAAUGUUAUAAAAGAUGUUCCUUCGGAAGCUAAUGACAUGAUGGUUGUUGGUCGUUUGCAGAAUUUCGAAGAUGAAAUAACAGCACAGGGUAAAUUACUGUUCCAUGGGUUGUUAUUGUGCGUGCAGGUCGAUUCAAAUAAGGAUACUUAUGAUCGGACCAUGGACAAUUUGAAAGAGGUUCAAGUGUUUCUAUUCGAAAAGAUUAUAAUUUUUUCAGAUAUUGUUGGUAAGAAAACGCAAUUCACCGAUCCCGUAUAUAUCUACAAGGCACAUUUGCAGGUGAACAGAAUGAAAGUCAAGAAAUUGAUGUACAACCGCAUUUUAUUGCGUUCUACGGAUCCGGAACGACAAGAGCUCAAUUUUGUUUUGAUGGGACGAACACAGGAAGACUAUCGUGAAUGGGCGGACCAGCUAAUUAGUAUUCGUCGGAAACAGACUGCUUUCCUAGAAGUUCUUCAAAAUCCGGUUACUUCAAAAUCUACCAAACAUUCGUAACUAUGAGACUAUGGCAUUUUAUAUUCAUUGAUUUAAAAGAAUAAAAGUUAUUCAAUUAAGCACCGUGCUCCAU